GGGCCUCUGGCAUGCGAGAGAGUUGGCGGGGGCAGCCGGGCCGGCCGGUGAGGUGGGCUGCAGGACACGGGGCGUUCAUGUCGGAGCGCUGUCCUGAGCCCGGGGCCAGCCAGCUGGAGCGACCUUGUCCUGGAGGGGAGCAGGGGACUCCAGGGAUUUUCCAGGAGGACCUCAGAAGAAGGAACAGCCCUGCCGCCUGCAAACAGGUUAGACUCAAGGGCCUCCCAGCAGCAGCUUCCGGAUGAGGUCCCCAGAGGCCGCUGACCGAGGAACCGACUGGAAAGCCCGAAGAGCCAAGUGCCCGUCCAGCACCGGCCCCGUUCCUGGGUGACCCCGAUCAGUCACCUCGCCACCCUGGGCCUCAGUUUCCCCAUCUGGAAGAUUGUGAGGGAGCCGGGGGAUGCACCGUGUUUCUGGGGUCUGAGCGGUGACUGAGAUGCUGCCCCAGAGGAAGCACUGGCACUCCAUGGGGAAGGGCCUGGUCCUCGGGGUCCUGCUGACCAGCUUCAUGCUGCUGCUCUACUCCUACGCUGCCCCACCCCUGAACGUCGGCGUGGCCGAGAGCGUCUCCGCGUCCCCCUCUUGCCCUUCGUCGCCGGCCCGGCCGCCGGCCAACGCCACCGGCCGCUCCUGCCGGCCGAAGCUGGACGUCGUGUUCAUGAAGACGCACAAGACGGCCAGCAGCACCCUCCUGAACAUCCUCUUCCGCUUCGGCCAGAAGCACGGCCUCAGGUUCGCCUUCCCCAACGGGCGCAACGACUUCGACUACCCUUCUUUCUUCGAGCGGGCCCAGGUGCGGGAUUACCGUCCCGGGGCCUGCUUCAACAUCAUCUGUAACCACAUGCGCUUCUGCUACGACGAGGUGCGGGGGCUGGUGGCCCCGGACGCCGCCUUCGUCACGGUGCUGCGGGACCCGGCCCACCUGUUCGAGUCGUCCUUCCAUUACUUCGGGCCGGCGGUGCCCCAGACUUGGAAGCUGGCUGGGGAGGACAAGCUGGCCAACUUCCUGCAGGACCCCCGCCGCGCCUACGACCCCGACGGCUUCAACGCCCACUACCUCCACAACCUGCUCUUCUUCGACCUGGGCUACGACAACGAGCUGGAGCCGGACAGCCCCCGGGUGACCGAGCACAUCCUCGAGGUGGAGCGCCGCUUCGGCCUGGUCAUGCUGCAGGAGUACUUCGACGAGUCCCUGGUGCUCCUGCGGGACCUGCUCUGCUGGGAGCUGGAGGACGUGCUGUACUUCAAGCUGAACGCCCGCCGGGCCUCGGACGUGCCCCGCCUGUCCGGGGACCUGUACCGCCGGGCCGCCGCCUGGAACGCCCUGGACGCCCGCCUCUACGACCACUUCAACGCCACUUUCUGGCGCAAAGUGGAGGCCUUCGGGUGGGAGCGCAUGGCCCGGGAGGUGGCGGCCCUGCGGCGGGAGAACGAGCGCAUGCGCGGCAUCUGCAUCGACGGCGGGCGGGCCGUGGACGCGGCCGCCAUCCAGGACUCGUCCAUGCAGCCCUGGCAGCCUCUGGGGGCCAAGUCCAUCCUCGGCUACAACCUGAAGAAGCGCAUCGGCCGGCGCCACCGCCAGCUCUGCCGCAAGAUGCUGACCCCCGAGAUCCAGUACCUGACCGACCUGGGGGUCAACCUGUGGGUCACCAAGCUGUGGAGCCGCAUCAGGGAAUUUCUCCGGUGGUGAUGCCCGCCCCCGCCCAGACCGGCUUCCGUGGCCCCGGCGGACGGCCGGGCCGCCGGCCUGGGAUCUUCGCCGAGAUAGAGGUAGGCGAGUGGGAGGGCCUCUGCCCAUCUUUCCCUAGAGCCAAGCUUCCCGAAGAGCGGGGGCAACCACCGUUGGCACGGAGCCCCACCUCCCUUCCUGCCUCUGAACUCAGUCAGCCGCCUGCCACGUGCCCUCCUGGGGCAUACCGGCGAUUCCGGGACGAUAGCCCCGAGGCCGUCCGCCGAAGCUGCGGGAAGGACGCCGGGGACCGAGGGGCGGGAUGCCUUAACCAAGUUCAGUAUUUGACUAAUUGUUCGUUUUUAUUAAAAAAGUUCUGGGUUUUUU